GGGGUUAGUGUGCAGACAUGCCUGCUGGAGCUCAGCUGUUUACAGAGGCCUAGCAGAAGCAAAUCCACUGCAGACACAAUGUCAAGACUGACUUCUGUCGCUUUAAGAUCCCUAGUUAGGGGCACCCUAUUUACUCCUAGGACUAGUACAAGGAAUACCCUGCACACAAGAUCAUACUGCCAGAAUGCUAAUCCUGCCACAACAAGUGCGACUAAAAACGAAGCCUAUGCUGGUCAGCAUCUGUAUAGAAAUGAGAAAAAACCAACAGACUUUGACAAGAGAGUGCUAGUGUGGGCCGGACGUUACAAGAAACAGGAAGACAUCCCACCAUACGUAUCAUGGGAGGUCAUUUCAGCUGCCAGAAGCAAUUUCCGCAUAAAGAUCUGCAUGGCCAUGAUAUUUGGCACAAUUUUUGGAUGCAUCUUGAUGGUGCGAUCAGGCAAGAAGGCUCUCCAGGAAGAAAAUACACUGCUUCAUAAGAAUACAGAGAAGAAGGCAAAAUGGAGGGAGGAAGCAGCACAAGAAGGGAUCAAGAGUUCAAGACCAGAAAUUUAGCUAGGGAAUUUUUCCUAAUCUUUUUUAAAAACUAGAAUGCCUUAAUGCGUCAACUUUUACCUUAGGUCUUUGAUUUAUUAUUGUGCCUAAAUAAAAAUGUGUCUAGGUAUAGUUCCUCUUCUUAUGUCUUCAUGUCUGGUAGUGUUAACCCACUGUUCACUCUUAAGAUGACAAAAGCUGUUACUUGGUAGCACAAAGAUCAAUACUGAACAGACGAAUUUGUCUUAUGUUCAUUUAAGCUAACUGGGAUAUUUUGGACUAAGCUACCUCGAAGCUAGACAAAACAGCUUCCUGAAACUUUUAACUUUUUAGAAAUUGUUAAAUGGAUUGUCUGGCAUCUCUUUUCUUUUUUAUUCAUGUAUAGGUUGGGAAAAAAUAUAAAAAUGAAAAAAUCUGUAAUCACCUACCCAAUACUCCCCAUUCCAAAGGUGUCUGUUCCAUACUUUUUACUGCUUCCUGGUAAUAUCUCAACAUUCAGUCGAUCAUUGGCCAAAGUGGUUACCUACCUCAGCCAGCGAUUGGUAGGGCACCAGGAAGUGGGAAGUAUCAGGACGCAGGCACCAUCAGAAUAGCGCUGGUGGGAGAUUGGGCAGGUACUGUAAGUCCACCUCUCUUUUAUUUUUAUAUUUUUCAAUUCCAGCGUGAGCACUAUUAAAAAAAAAACUGAAAUGCCAGAUAAUCUCUAUAAAAAUAAACUAAUUUGUUAAAAGAUAAAGUAAUGAAAUAAAUAAAGGAUACAUACAUAAAUCUACUAUGGUGCUAUGAUUGGUUUCUUAGGUAUAAAGUAUAUUGGGAAAACUUGAAACAGUUUUUCUACCUCAUUUGGCAAAUCCAUUAAAAG